AUGUGGUACAAUCGCCUUAGUGAGUACUUGAUUAAUGAAGGUUAUAUAAAUGAUGCCAUUUGUCCAUGCGUUUUUAUCAAGAAAACAAAAUCAGAGUUUGUUAUACUUGUUGUUUAUGUUGAUGACAUAAAUCUCAUUGGAACUCCAGAAGAGCUCCAAAAGACAGUCUUUAUCCAUCAAUCUGCCUAUAUUGAGAAAGUUUUAAAACAAUUUUACAUGGACAAUGCACAUCUAUUAAGUACUCCUAUGGUUGUUCGCUCACUUGAAGUGAAUAAAGAUCCAUUCCGACCUCAGGAAGAGAAUGAAGAACUACUUGGUCCUGAAGUACCAUAUCUUAGUGCCAUUGGUACACUUAUGUAUCUUGCUAACGCUACAAGACCUGAUAUAGCUUUUUCUGUUAAUUUGCUAGCAAGAUAUAGCUCUUCUCCUACAUGGAGACAUUGGAAUAGAAUUAAGCAUAUACUGCGAUAUCUAAAAGGUACUAUUGAUAUAGGUCUAUUUUAUGCUAACAAAGGUAGUACAGAUAUUGUUGGUUAUGCAGAUGCAGGUUAUUUAUCUGAUCCACAUAAAGCUCGAUCUCAAACAGGCUAUUUGCUUACAUGCGGAGGUACUGCUAUAUCAUGGCGAUCAACAAAGCAGUCUAUUGUUGCUACUUCUUCAAAUCAUGCUGCGAUAAAAGCUAUUCAUGAAGCAAGUAGAGAAUGUGUGUAG